AUGACAGACAAAGCAGCGAGAAGAGCCAAGUUUGAGGGGGUGUACGAGGUGAUUAGGGAUGAGCUUAUAGGUCACUUCGCAGGGGAGGGGAUGCCAGAGGAGGCGGUGGAGUGGUAUCGCAACAAUCUUAACUACAAUGUCCCAGGCGGUAAACUCAACCGCGGAAUGUCGGUUGUGGACACUGUCGAGAUUCUCAAAGGCCGAGCUUUGGAUGAAGACGAGUACUUCAAGGCUGCCGUGUUGGGGUGGUGUAUCGAACUUCUGCAAGCCUACUUCCUGGUAGCCGACGACAUCAUGGACUCCUCCAUCACCAGGCGCGCUCAGCCCUGCUGGUACCGCCUUCCAUCGGUUGGUACGGUCGCGAUCAACGACAGCUUCAUGCUCGAAGCUGCUAUUUAUCGCUUACUCAAGACACACUUCCGCGGCCAAGCAUACUACGCGGACCUACUCGACCUCUUCCACGAGACGACAUACCAAACUGAGAUGGGUCAGCUCGUGGACCUCAUCACCGCCCCUGAGGAUAAAGUCGAUUUGAGCAAGUUCUCUUUAGCGCGCCACCACACAAUAGUCAUCUACAAAACCGCCUACUACUCCUUCUACCUCCCCGUCGCGUGCGCCAUGCUAUUCAGCAACAUCCCCUCAUCAGAUGAACACAUCUACGCCCACGCAAAAUCCAUCCUCCUCCCUCUCGGCGAGUACUUCCAGAUUCAAGACGACUUUUUGGAUUACUCGGCGACGCCUGAGGUUUUGGGCAAGAUUGGGACGGAUAUCGUGGAUAAUAAGUGUUCGUGGGUCGUCAACACCGCUUUACUCCUCACUUCGGAAGGAGGGGGGAAAGAAUACUCGGCGGAGGAGAAGAGGGAGAUGCGGAAAGUUUUGGAUGAGAAUUACGGUCGGAAAGAGGCGGGGACGGAAGCGAAGGUGAAGGAGGUAUACGAGCGUCUUGGGAUCCGCCAAACGUAUGAGGCAUAUGAGGAGAAGGUGGUGCAUGCUAUCAAGGCGAAGAUUGCGGAGAUUGUUGAGAUUGAGGGGGGGUUGAAGAGGGAGGUGUUUGAGAGUUUCUUGGGCAAGAUUUAUCGGAGGAGUAAAUAGAUUUGUGGUUCAUUGGGUUUAACAAAUAGAUGGUACUGAGACUGU